UCCGGUGUAUCCAAUCCGUUACUUUUGUUUAAGUCUAUUUUGUUGUCUGUCUGUGUACCCGUAUUGUUCCAAUAUCACCGUACUUUGUCCAGUUUACAUACCCACUAUAUUUGUGCAACUGUUCCAUGUUCUACGUCUAUAUGUGAUCGUUGGGAAAGUGUGCCAAGUCCCUGUGAGAUAAACCUCUUGGACAACAUGGACGUAUUGUUCGUACUUGUUCUCUUUUCCAGAUUCGGAAAAAAUCUGGUUGAUGCAGACAGAUUUGGUAGUUCCUCCAGUAACCCCCUAAAGGGUGUUGAUAGCCGUGUCUUAACUUUGAUAUUUGACCUCGAGAAUCGUGUGAAAAAUCUCGAAGACACCCGCGCUGAAGAUGCAAGACGAAUGAGUAAUAUGCAGCAGGAAAUUGAUGAGAUCAAAUAUGAAAACCGUCGUUUGCAACACCUGUCAUCUCACCGUGAUGUGGUCACUUUAAAAUCAGAAACGGAGAAGACGCCUAUCGGUUACCGAUAUGAUAACCAUGAGCUCGAUUCGGGAACUACUGGAAUGACGAAUACUGUGAUCGCAUUUCAUGCCAUUCUUGGAUCAGAUGUUUUAGCACCUGCAAUAAAUCACGAGAUGGUGUUCGAUCGAAUCAUCACAAAUAGGGGGAAUUUGUAUUCGGAACACACAGGAACAUUCACCUGCCAACAUCCGGGUACUUACGUCUUUUCCUGGAGUAUACGUGUACAGUCCGGCCAUUUCUUAGACUCCCACCUGGUAAAGAAUGGUUCCAUAAUGGGGUCCAUCAUUUCUGCAUCUGGAUACCAUGGUAAUACCAAUAGUGGUUUAGUUGUAAUACAGAUUGACAGCGGUGAUGAGGUAUGGGUGAGAGUUGGUAAUCGUGACAGUGGUACAAACGUGUAUUCCUACUGGAGCAUGUUUUCUGGCUUUAAACUGAUUUAAUAAUUAAAAUCCCUACUA